AUGGAGGAGCCCCCGGCGAGGCGGCCCGGGGCCGUGGGCUGCUGGCGAUGCUUCUGGGAGUUCUGGAACUACGAGACCCCCAAAGUCCUCGUGGUGAAGAACCGCAACCUCGGCAUCAUGUACAGAGGGGUGCAGCUGCUCAUCCUGCUCUACUUCAUCUGGUACGUGUUCAUCAUCCAGAAGGGCUACCAGGAGAGCGAGACAGGCCCCGAGAGCUCCGUGCUCACCAAGGUGAAGGGCAUCACCCGCUCACCCAGCAAGGUCUGGGACGUGGAGGAGUACGUCAAACCUGCCGAGGGCGGCAGCGUGUUCAGCAUCCUCACCCGGGUGGAAGUCACCCGCUCCCAGACGCUGGAGACCUGCCCGGAGAGCCUGGAGGUCCCUCACGCCACCUGCAGCUCCGACAGCGACUGUGUGGCUGGGGAGAUGGAGAUGCUGGGGAACGGAGAGAGGACGGGGCGCUGUGUCCCCUAUUACAGCGGGCCGGGGAAGACCUGUGAGGUCACCGCCUGGUGUCCAGUGGAAGACGGAGGAACGGUCAGCGAGUCCCUGGGGAAGAUGGCCGCGCAGUUCACCAUCCUGAUCAAGAACAACAUCCACUUCCCUCGCUUCGGAUUCUCCAAAGGGAACGUGAAGGGCGAUAAGAACGGCUACCUCAAAGGCUGCACCUUCAACGAGACCACGGACCUGUACUGCCCCAUCUUCCGCCUGGGCUCCAUUGUGGAGCAGGCAGGAGAGAACUUCACCGCGCUGGCCGAACAGGGCGGCGUUAUCGGGGUGAUCAUAAACUGGAACUGUAACCUGGACCUGCCCGACUCCGCGUGCAAUCCCAGCUAUUCCUUCCGCAGGCUGGAUCCCAAGAGGAUUCAGGUGUCUUCUGGCUACAACUACAGGUUUGCCAAAUAUUACAACUGCAACGGGACGAACACGCGGAGCCUGAUCAAGGCCUAUGGGAUCCGCAUUGACGUUAUUGUGCAUGGCCAGGCAGGGAAGUUCAGCCUGAUCCCCACCAUCAUUAACCUGGCCACGGCGCUGACCUCGGUGGGAGUGGGCUCCUUCCUCUGCGACUGGAUCUUACUGACCUUCCUGAACAAGAACGAUGUGUACAGCACCCGGAAAUUCGAUCAGGACAGGACCCCGGCGCCAGGCGGCAUUGGUAACACCUGCACCACCCAGGCCUCGUCGCCGGCCCACCCCAAGGGCUCCGGCCAGCUCUGAGCUGCCUCUGCCCCCCACCUGCUGCUGUGGCUGGCCUGGGGACCCACUGCCAAUGGGCAGGCUGAGUGGGGCUGCCCCAGUACUGACUGGAGGGAUGAGGACCAGGAGACCCCCAGCCCAAUCCGGAUUUCACCCCACGGCCAGCAGAGUUCCCGGAGAGCCUCAGCUUCCCUGCGACUCUCUGCAGGGCUGGGGGCGAGUGAGCCCAGACCCAGACAGACCCCCAGCGCUAGGCCGAACACGCACCCCAGAGCCUUGUACAGACCCCGGGGCUGGCCAAAUCCCCCAGAGGCUGGAGAGCCAGGUGACCCGCCACGGGGACAGGUACCUGCCCCGUUCUACGCCCCCUGCUCUGCCAGCCCCUCCUGCAGUGAACGUGCCCAGUGGGCUGUGAUGGGGCGAGAGGUCGGCCCCAGGAGGCCAGCCGCAGAGAGGCUGGUCUGUGCAGGCCGCGGCCGCCUCCCCGGGCCCAGCUGGCUCUUUAACUCGCACUGACCAGGGAGUCAUUUGGGUCACUGGGUGUCGUGCUGAGGGGGGACAGAACCAGCAGGGAGCACAUGGGCACUGUCCUCUCCCGGGGCAUCACCUCUUCCCUGCUACUCUCCCCCUAAGGGAGCCCCCUGCCCCGCCCUGGGCUCCCCUUCCUCCACGGCUGCUCCCCACAUUUCCCCAGCUGUUCUGGAGCCUGCUCACCCCAUAGCACUCGCCCAUGAGCCCCCCACAAACCCAGCCAUGCCCACUCAUGGCGUCAGACAAGCCACACUCACAGGGCAGUUCCUCACAGCGUGAUCACCACUCAGCCUUCUGGCUGGCUUUGAGCAGCAGCAGCUUAGUAAACACUACUGACGUUUGAAUUGAGGAAAGCACCAUUGAGAUGAGCAGGGCACUUCACCCCCUCAGAGCUGCUGUUUCAGGCUCUCUGCAGACUCUGGCAGAGCUCACGGCAUCGGUGACGCUUGGGUCAUAUUUUGAAGGGGUUUGUUACAAUCCUAAGGACCAGAGAUUUAAUGUUAGUGCUCAGGGAUGGGGGGGAGGGCUCAGGUUUUUGGCAGCCCAGCUUGAGACACCUCAUUUUCCAGGAAGUGCCGUGCCCCCGUCCUGUGAAAAACUGCCCUGGAGCUACCCCCAAAUCACCAGUCACUGCUGAAAAGCUGGGCUUGAGAGUGUAGCCCGGCUCACACAAACGCAGGGCCCCGACCAGUCCCACCCAGACACACUCAGAGCUCACCUUGGGCCCUGAGCUGUCUCACGGCCUCUGCGGGGCAGGGCCCAUGUGGUAAUCAGGAGCGCUGCGAGGUGAAAGCCCGUCCCCUUUGCACACCGUGACUGUGCCACACGGCUAGGCCAUAGGGCGGGCCGGCGCCUUAGCAGGGCUGGAGACGUGAGAUCAGGGCAGGGCAGAACGGGUGCUGCUGGUUGAGUUCACAGCCAGGCAGGGACUGGUGGCACCAAGGCCUUGCUGGCCAAGCCAGCGGUGUCUGGUGGUGCUGGCACAAGGGGCUGGCCUGUCAUGCCUGCCUGCCUGCCCUCUCCCCCCUGCUCCAGCACUUCACCAAACAGCUAGGAAAUGAACUCGGGCAGACGUUAUUACUGGCCCCACCGGGCGAGCCAGGUCAGCGCCAGCGGGCCCUGCAGGCACAGGGGCUCCCGGGAGGUUGAUGGGCGCAAUGCAUCAUGGUACAGAUGGGUAAACUCCGAGGUUGCUUGGCGCGCUGUGAGCUGGGUGGCGAGCUGCCCACUCAAGGCAGGCAGUGCGGCUUGCUGGGUUCCCGGUGCUGUGGGCCUCUGGCCCGCUGCGUUCAUGGGGCCGUUGUGUUGUCACGUUAUCCUGCCAUUGGCCCUCUCGUGUCAUUGUAGGUGGGGCAAGGGACUGGCCCCCCCAUCCAGACCUGCCUCCGGCCCCCGUGGCCCUGCACUCAGGUGCCUACUGUCGACUCGAGCGGCCCUUGCUGGCUGUUCACCUCCCGGCUGUCCAUGCAGGGGAAACCCUGUGAACCAUGUGCCGAGGAAGUGCCCAAUGCCCAGCGCAGUGGAGGUGACUUGGAGCCAUGAGCCUGGCAUCUCCUGGCUUUUGCACUGGCUGGAAUGGCGCCAAGCUGCCGCGAGCCGGGUCCAGGAAAUUACACUAGGGAGUGGGGUAGGAACACUGGCUGUGACGCCUACCCCAGGCCCUGCCGCUCUCAGCAUGGAGGGCUGGAUGGCUGGGGUAGUAGUGGUUGUAGGGUGAUCACAGCUCCCUCGCCUGGCCACCCCUCUCCCAGCAGGGGGCACUGUAAGGAGCAGGGGCACUCCCGGUUCGCCAGCCCCAGCCUGUCCCAGCAGGGGGCGCUCUGGGGAAGGCUGUGAUAGCCGCGUCUAUUAGCAAUGACUUGCCGCUGCCCCGUGCCAUGACAGGCUCACGGGCGAGCACGUAGCUGGCAGUAUCCUGAGCUCCUCCAGAGGUGCCAGGCAGGACGGCGCAGCCCCCCAUGGCCCGUACCCAGAGAGACGGGAGGGCAGAGGCCACAUGACCAGACGCCAGGCAGCGGGUAGGUUGGACUGGAGCAUGGUGAUGCCUGGGCACAGGAGUGGGCGGGGGCAGCUCCUGGAUCUCUUUGCCCUCGUUACACCAUCUCCCCAGCGUCUUUCCAGGGGUGGUGCCCAGCCCCCCCCCUUACAGGGCCAUACAGGAUGAGACUGGGCAUCCCCAGCGAGAUCAGGGCCCCACUGGGCUAGGUGCUGCAAUGCCCCCUCACCUCCAUCUCUCAUGGAGCUCUCAGAGCAUCCAUGGGGCAGGAGAGCCGGGUGCUGUCUACUCAGUGUUUAGGGGCCCAGCUACACUCCCGAGCUGUGGUGUGGCCCAGCCAAGCACUGAGCCGGUUUGCUUGGCCUUGCCCCCGUUGCUACCCCUAGCUCAGCUCAGCCGCUGACCAGCCUGGCGCACGGCCUUUGCUCUGAGCACGGCUGCCCAACGUGACGGGGACGGUAGCCGCCUGCAGCCCAAGCCCAAGUUGCGAUGCGGUGGGCUGCUCUCGGGUUCCUCACCCUGCUGCACGGGGCCCAGCGGCACAUGGCCUCCUGCCUGCCAGCCUGGGACAGGAGGUGCAGAAAGACGCUGCCCCCAGCUCGACAGUGCAGGGAAAGCCAUCAGAGCCAUGCAGCUGCCCCAGCUGAUGCCUGACUCACCAGACAGCCCA